UGCAGCAAAGUGGCGCUACCCACUGCUUUGGACACAGACUAUUUAAAACCCAAAAAAUUUAAAAAGCGCACAAUACAUAGCAGUGCAUAUAAAAUCGACAUAGCUGGCAGCUCCACAGCUGACAUGGCCCACAAUAAGAGCUUGAAUCUCCUGUCCCCAGUAGAUCAUGGAGCCCCAGCAGCGGUGCUGUCAACACCCACAGAAACGGAUAUGCCACCCAUCAGCAAGGGCAGCAAUCCAUGUCAACCCAGUAGGUCCCGCACAGCGCCCUCAAUGCCGACAGAAACCCUAACAGACAUAGACUCCAAAACCAUAUGA